AUGGAUGAGUACACAGAGACUGUGACUUCAUAUAUCAGUUUCUGUGAGGACUGCUGCAUACCAUCCCGCACCAGGGUGAGCUACAACAACGUCAAACCCUGGUUCAGUCCUAAACUCAGACAGCUGAGGCUGCAGAAGGAAGAGGCAUUUAGGAGCGGGGACAGGGACAGGUAUAAGGAGUCAAAGUACAGGUUUAGUAAGGCGGUGAGGGACGCUAAACGACUGUACGCUGAGAAUCUCAAACAACAGCUCUCAGCCAACGACUCUGCAUCUGUCUGGAAGGGGCUCAGACAGAUCACCAACUACAAAAAACCUAACCCCCCCCACUCUGUCAACGACCUGCGUCUGGCAAACGAGCUGAACGACUUCUACUGCAGAUUCGAAAGACACAUAAAUACUGCAAACGGACUCAAACAGGCUCAGUCUCCUGCCUCCUGGUUGAAGAUUUUGGAGCACAACUGAAUUAAAGAAAAAACAACACACUUUCACCAGAAGAAGGAAAAUGAUUUGAAGGCUUUUUGAUGAAGAGAGAAGUCAGACACUAAAGUCAGCCAAUGGCUGCUGCGAUGGAUCCAAAAGCUUUGUCGAAAACUCUCCAUAAACUUGGACUAGAGGACUUCUACCCCAACAAGCUCACUUUCCGUUCUCUUUUGGAGAUCAACAAAGAAAACAUUGAUGAUAAACCUGUUUCAUCACUGAACAAAGUACCACAGUGUUUUCUCAGAAAGCUUUUAAAAAUCAAUGCUGACUGCAGGGACUCUGCACAGUUACCAGUCAGCGAGGGAGAAAAUGAUGAUCCUUUUGAUCAUGAAUGGGAUGAUGAAGAAAAUUCGGAUACCAACAUUAAUCCACUUGACCUCAUAGUGGCUCUCUUCCUGUGUGCUGACAAUUUCCUACAACAACAAAUGGCCUUAAAGAUGUCAAUGUGCCAGAUUUCUGUGCCCCUGCUGCUUCCCUAUGGCCAUAAAAGUCAGAGCAGCCUGAUGCUCUGGGCUCUGAGAGACAUUGUUAAAGAGUGGUGUCCAUCUGAGCAGUCUGAAUCAAGAGGUUUUGUUGAGGAUAGCAUUGUCCAAGCAAACAUCCCUCUCUUUUCUUUUGUCAGGCUGAAAAACUGCAGCCUGUCUAAGUCCCAGCUGUUGAAUCAUGUCCUUAGUCGUGGUCAGCAGAGUCAAAAUAUCUUCAUGCACAGAAAUCUGGAGGGAGGGUCUCUUAAAAAGGAAAUUUCUAAUGGACUGGUGGAGGUCUGCUGGUAUCUUCCCUGUGGAAGAGAUAACCUUGAUAUUUUCCCAGAACCAGUGGCAUUUGCCAAUUUACGAGGAGGCAUUUGUGAGUCAGAGGCACAAUUCAACUUUCUUCUUCAAGUGUCCUCUGCUACCUUUGUGCUCCUGGACAAAGUCGAAGAAAAUGAACAGGAGAUGCUGACUUCUCUACAAGGCGUAAGAUCUAAACUCUUCCCCAUUGUUUACCGCAAAGAUCGAAGUGCAAGUGAGGACAUGAGCUCUGUCAAAGAAAUGCUUGAGAAAUUAGAUUUACCAAACAGCAGCGUUAAAACAACAAAAUCCAGGGGAAAUGUAGCAGAAUUUGCAAAGAAGCUUUGUGCUGUCAUCAAGACUUCCCUGAGAAGUGGAACAACAACAUGUAACAUUGAGAACAUGCAGGACAAAGCUGCUGAACUUGGUUUGUCUGUGGAUGAAUGCAAAAGUGACAAACAGAAGAAGAUAGCAGAGAACAUCUUAGGAGGAACUGAAAUGAGGUCUAUAUCAGACUACAAGAAACAGGAACUUCCCCUGCAGGGUGAGAACUGGAAAAGGUUGGCAAAAUUACAAAAAGAGAUAUGCAGACUGACAGGAUCUGGUGAUUUAGGACUAGAAGAUUAUAAAUCCAAACGUGAGGAAGAAGUGAAAAAAAUCCUAACGGAGCAGAAAAACCAUAACAUCUCCACAGAGAUGAAAACUUUCAUCAAUAAUCUGUCUGGAAGUGAGAAAGAACAAAGGGACUUUUUCCUGAAGUGGAUGAAACUCAUGCUUGAUACAAAUUCUAGGAAAAAACUGUCCACUCUGAGAAACCAGUUCAAAGAGCAGUGCAAGAGCAAAGAUGCUAAACGAGUUGCAGAGUUAGAUCAAGCUCUGGUGCACAGCUCUUUGGGAAUAGAGCAUUACAUGAGAGAGAUGGGACUGAUCUAUGAGUUUUCCUCCCAGUCAGAGAACACCACUGAUGACAGAUCUGCUCUUCCCACUCUGGCUGCAGAAAUGCUGCUGGAUGGAUAUCCUUUAGAGAUCCUGGAUGGAGACGCCUCCAACAUCCCACAAAGAUGGGUGUCAGCUGUGCUGAUGGAGCUUCAUCAGAAGGUUGGGGGAAGGAGCCGCUUGUUGGUUCUGACUGUUUUAGGUGUUCAGAGUUCAGGGAAGUCCACACUCCUGAACACCAUGUUUGGUGUGCAGUUUUCUGUGAGCAGCGGCAGAUGCACAAGAGGAGCCUACAUGGUCUUCCUUAAAGUUGGAGACAACUUCAAAACGGAGCUGAAUUAUGACUUUCUAGUUCUCAUAGACACAGAGGGUUUAAAGUCUCCUGACUUGGCACAACUUGAUGACAGUUAUGAGCACGACAACCAGCUGGCAACAUUUGUCAUCGGUUUAAGUGACGUCACAAUCAUCAACAUAGCAAUGGAGAACUCAACAGAGAUGAAAGAUGUUCUGCAAAUCGCUGCUCAUGCAUUCUUAAGAAUGAAAACUGUUGGGAAAAAGCCAGUUUGUCAUUUUGUACACCAAAAUGUUGGAGGAGUUUCAGCUCAUUCCAAGUGCAUGGGAGAAAGGAAACAGCUCCUGGAACAACUCAAUGAAAUGACGCAAAUUGCAGCCGAUAUGGAAAAACUACCGUCAAUGAAAGCUUUCACUGAUGUGCUGGACUAUGAUGUUGACAAAAACAACUGGUACAUCCCAGGACUCUGGAAUGGAACUCCUCCAAUGGCCCCAGUGAACAUCGGAUACAGUGAGGCUGUGGCAGACUUCAAGAAACAUCUGUUAGAAACAACCAAAAAUGAAGAUGAAUCUAUGCAGAUCCCAGAGUUUGUUGAAUGGAUGAAAAGUCUGUGGAACGCAGUCAAAUACGAGAACUUCAUCUUCAGUUUCAGAAACUCACUUGUGGCUCAUGCCUAUGAUGAUCUUUGCAAAGAGUUCAACCAAUGGGAGUGGGAGUUCAGAAAGGAAAUCCUUUCAUGGCAGAAAGAGGCAGAGUUGGAGAUCUUAAAUGCUGACGAUGCUCAAAUGCAAAACAAAAACAGCCUGCUGGGAAAAAAGAAAGAUGAGGUGAAUCAGAAAGUAACUAAUGAGCAAAAAAAAAUGACGGAAAAAAUCAGCUGCUACUAUGAAAGAAAAGACAGACAUGUGAAUCUGAUAGAGAAAUACAAAGCUGAGUUCCUCAACAGUGUCAGAAGCCUUGCAAAUGAAAUUCAAUGUUCUGUAAACUCUAAACUGGACGUCAUCAUGGAGUUAAAGAUAAAUAGAAAAAAAGCUGAAGACCUACAGAACACAUCCAGAAUUGUUAUUGAGGAGAAGGUCAUGAAGCUCCUGGGUGAGUGCAAAGGUACCACUUUGUCUGACAAUCAGCUGAGUCGUCAGUUUGAAAACAUGUGGAAAAAAGCAACAGCAGAUAUAGCAGGAUUACCAGAGCGAGAUAUAGCAAGAUGUGUCCUGAGACAGUUAAGAAAAAACUUCUCAAACCAAAAUGUCAACAAGGAACUGCAUAACAUUGAGUUAAUGGAAGCUGGAAGAGCUCAAUUCAAAGUCAUUUAUGAACAUGUAGAUGGCUUUUUCGGAAGGCUCAAGACUUUUUUUGUCAGUAGUUUUCAAACCUUUGCAGACAGAGCGAUAGAGUCCUGCACACGGUUUGUACAGGAUAAAGCACAGACAAAUGAGGACUACCAUGAUUCUUUAACAAAGGAUUUUUUAAACAAAAUAGAUGAGUUCCUUACAGAAAGUAACAAAGAAUUCAAGACAAAUCAAAUCUUUGAAAUUGAUUUGAAACUUCAUCUUUGUGGCAUUGCUUCCAGGGAAUUCAUGAAAAUGCACCGAAGGUUCCUCACAAAAAAUGACCCCCGACUUCAGCUGGAGAAAUACAAGACUCAGUAUCUGUCAGACUUUCUUGAUUUGUACAAAGAGAGAGAUGACUGUCAACGCAAAGCAGAAAACUUUGCUCAGCUCUGUCUCAAACCUGCUGUGGAGGAUUUCAUUUUCAGGUGUCUGGGAAUAGACAUUGUGGAGGAAAUUCUCACCAGAUCCCAUUCAGCAGAGUACAGUUCCCGCUCUUUCUUUCAGUACAGCAUUCAGGAAGAGUUGCUUCGGAAGGACGACUUUCAGAGUUUUGUUAAGUACAUUUCUAACUAUGAAGUUUAUGUGAAGGACUGGAUAUUUCAGAAGAUUCUGCUAAAAAUGUCAGAGAAUCAAACACUGAGCAAACUGAAGAAAAAGAACCUCCGGAUCAUAGUUACAAAGAUCACAGACGCAAUGGAAAAAGCAUCAAGAGGAGAAGAUGGUGUUUUACUGCCAGAUGACAAAGAAAGCAUCACAAAGUUCAUCAAUAACAUGAGACAAUAUCUGAUCAAAGACCUGUCCAUAUCAAAGGAGGCUGAAAAAAGCACCCUGUUUCAAAUACAAAGCACCAGCAAACCAUUCAUUGACAGUCUCAAGAAUUCAGUAGAGGACUUGAAAAAAGAACUUGAUGAUAAAUUCUCCACAUCUGAAGCCAUCAGUCAGACUCUGCGUGUUCUUCCAGUGAAACCACAGGAUGAGCUUUUCAAACGGGUCUUUGGAUGUGGCAAACUGUGUCCAUUCUGUAAAACUCCCUGUGAGGCUGGUGGCAAAGAACACAAAGUCCACUGGGCUAAUGUGCAUCGACCACAAGGUCUUGGAAGAUUUAGAUAUGAAAGCAGUAGUAAACUGGUGGAAACUCUCUGUACAACUGAUGUGCAGAGUGAAUGUACAUUCAGGAACACUGAAACUGAAGGGAAGGGGCAUCCAUACAAAGAUUACACCAAGUAUUAUCCAGACUGGAAAAUUCCUCCUGACUGUACCAUAGAAGCGUCAGACUACUGGAAGUUCAUUCUGGUCAAAUAUAAUGAUAAGUUUGCUGAAGAAUAUAAAGCAAAGCCAGCCGAUGUUCCACAGGCCUGGAAGAAAAUAAAAAAAGAAGAUGCUCUGAAAGGGUUAAAGGAUGCUUUUAACGUGAAGUGAAGACAGUCCUUGUAAAUAUCUUUAAAAAACAGGGUCACUAUAAGGGAGCAGUCCGUGAGGCACACAGAUUACAUGCAAGUCUGCGGUUAUCAUGUUUUUUAUUAUUUGAAUUUAUUCCUAUGAACAAGAAAACAUACUGUGGCCGACCUUGUGAUUAACAAGUUUUUUUUUCUUUGAAUCCAUAUAACUUAUAUCUUUCAAACUGUUUUCUGCUUUAAUUUGAUCGUUUUUGUUAGUAUCAAACACAUUUUUUUCUGCCAAUGAAACCAUGUAAUACCAGAAAGAUAACAUGACAGAAAUUUAAAUAUGCUAAUGUUGGUUUUCUUUCCAUUUUCUAGUUUUAUUUUGAAUAUUCAUAGUGUUUGUAUACAUACAUGUGACACAUAUAGCUGAAUAUGCUCUUUUCAAAUAAUUUAGAUAUUUUUUCUUUAUUUCUUUUGUCGAUGGAUGUUAGUGUAAAGCCAAAAGAUAUAUGUGUGUGUUGUUAAAAAUGUUCUUCAAUAAAUACAUU